AUGUUAUCGACCGUACAACUUUACCUUUUCAGUUAUAAUGCUUUGCAGAGUUGUGGGUGGAGCGUAAUUUUGUGGUAUACUCUUCGUGGUUUGUUACGAAAUGAAAGCUAUGAGCAGUUAUAUCAGGCGUGUGAGUUAGAGCUACAAAUCUUUCAGUCAGCUGCAAUACUUGAGAUUGUUCAUGCUGCUGCUUGUUUUGUUCGAUCACCUGUCGGAACGACAACAAUGCAAGUGUUCUCACGUGUUUCGCUUGUGUUUAUUUUGUACAAGGUUGUAUCGGCACAAGCAAGUAUCGGUGUACUUUUUUUGCUGACAGCAUGGUCAGUGACCGAAGUAAUACGUUACAGCUACUAUGGACUCGCUUUAAUUAAUGCUGUAUCAGAUAUUCAUACGUGGUUAAGAUACUCUCUUUUUAUUAUAUUGUAUCCUCUGGGUGUAUGCGGUGAGCUUCUAGUAAUCCUGGCUGCUCUUCCUGAGAUUGCUACAAAAAAACAUCUCACUGUGGAAUUGCCAAAUAUAUGUAAUAUUGGCUUCUCUUUCUGGUGGUAUCUUAUCGCUUAUAUUAUUCUGUAUAUACCAGGGUUUCCGCAAAUGUACCUGUAUAUGCUUAAGCAGCGAAAAAAAGUUCUUUCAAUGGAAGCCAACAAAAAGUACAGUUAA